AUGAGUGCAAAACUUGUUAACACAUGGGAAAAUGGCCCUGAAAAUUGGGUGUUACAGCUUCAGGUGAUCGAUGACCACUCGUGGGUGGCAUCGCACUCGGACGGAACCUUAAACCUUUACGAUGCCGCCACUCUUCGGUGUCCGGUGCAGACCAUUAACGCUCACGAAUCAUCCAUUAAUUGCAUCAAGCUCAUCUCCAAUGGCAUUGCUUCAUGCUCCACGGAUGGCAUCAAAGUAUGGGACCUUCGAACUGAAAAACUUGUACACCAGCUCCAUAACCCAAAAAACACCGGCUUUUUGUCGCUUGAUUUCCAUUCCAACAUGCUUGCAGGUGGUACUGAAUUGAUAGGUACAGACGCCGAAGUCCAUGUAUGGGACUUAAGAAACCCAGGGACGCCAAUCAAAUCAUACGUUGAUUCACACCACGACGAUGUAACCUGUGUGCGAUUCCACCCGCAGUACUCCCAGUACUUGAUGUCUGGUUCGACAGAUGGAUAUGUCAAUGUGUAUGACUUGAAGGAACAGGAUGAAGACGAUGCCCUUCACCAGGUCAUCAACUACCUGUCAGUGCACUCGUGCCAGUUUGUGCUGAAGGAUCGGAUUGGAAUCUUGUCUCACAUGGAGACACUUUCCUUCCAUCAGUUGAACAAUACGAACUACGAGGUGUGGGAAGAGCCCGUACCGAAAGACUUGGGCGACGCCAGGCAAGUUUGGGGGUGCGAGUACGUGGUGGACGUAAACCCACAGGGCUACGUGUCGUAUGGAACGAAUUCUAACCAGGAAUUGACGUUGCGGCUGUUUAGUCCGUUGUCUGAGCAGUUUGGAAUGGAAACAAUUGUAUUUCCAGGAGCUCAUGGGGACGAGGUAGUACGAGACUUACAGGUGUUUGCUGGAGGGAAACAGGCAUUAUCGUGUGGGGAGGAUGGACUGGUGAAGAUGUGGGAUUUACCGUGGAAGGUGGAAUUAGAGGUUCCUGGGGUUGAAGCAAUUGAGCUUGAAGCACCAGAGAAAAAGGAAAAGAAGGAAAAGCAUAGAAAAAAGGACAAGAAGGAUAAGAAGGACAAGAAGAAAAAGAAGAAGGAUGUGCGGUACAAGCCAUACUAG